GGAAUUUACAGCUUUUAUCAGAGUAGCAGUGUUAGUUUACUGCUUUUCGUGGACAUCCCAAUUCAUUAUCUUAUGAUUUUGGUAAUUUGCUGUAUCUGCAAAAUUCAUUUCAUCCAUUUUGGCGUUUGCCUGUGCAUUGUAAGUCUAUCCACUGAGAAAUUAUCUGGUUUUUGUCGUAUUUUGCUAUUGGAUCUAAUCAUUUCAAAGGUACUUCACUAUGCAUUAUUGUUUUUACAGCUAUAAUCACAAUGACUGGCCGUAAAAGAAACGUCGCACAAAGUGCUGCUGCUGAAAGAGACGAAGCCUACGUUGAAAAGAGGCGAAGAAAUAACGAAGCUGUGAACCGAACACGUGAGAAAAAGAGGCAAGAAGAAUCCGAGACAGCUCGUAAAGUAGAAGAACUCCGAGAAGAAAAUGAGAAGUUAGAGCGACAGGUUGAAUCCUUACAAAAAGAGUUGUCGUUCCUGAAGGAGAUGUUUGUUGCCUAUGCAAAUGGCAAUCGGAAGCAGGCUGAUGCCCCAUCUACUUCGAAUCCCCAGUGAUAUUUUGUUGGAAUCAAUU